GAAGACGUCAAAAGCGGCCAGAAAAAGCAUACUCUACGUCAUAGUUCCAUCUCAUCUCUAGAGGGGAGUGAAAUUCAUGACCACAGUGAAUAUAGAUCUACGCAGCAUCUUGAUUUAGAGGAACAGAAAUGAGUGCUAGGAAAAGUCUUCCGCCUCGACUGGCAAAUCGAGCGGCAAACGGAGGAGGAGGGGCAAAUGCGGCACCCUCCAUGUACUCCUCGAGUGGAGGGAUCCCCGAGACUCAAUACAGACAAUUUCAACAAUACCAGCAUCAUCACCAUGGCUCCUCAGUGUCGUACAGUCCCCACUCACGUGACACAUACCAUGAUGACCAGAAGUUGAGUGGACUUCUGAGAAAGAUGAUGCGAGACGAAGUCACCACUCGCACCCUGGCGCCUGAUUUGAAGUUGCUGCGCGAGUACAUUGAAAACCCGAUGAACGCCAGAUCGGUUCUGAAACAAGCCGAAUCAUCCAUGAACAAAUUACAGGAGCUGUAUUACAAGGAAAUCAAUAAAGCUAUUAAAAUUGAGGUGGCAGAAUUGAUUGGUAUACUAGGGUGCUCGUUAAGCAGAAUGGAUCCUUUCAAAUUUUCCAAGUGGAUUUUCAACUGUAUUUACGGGGCGCCGAGUGAUCAAGUCAAAACGUUCUACCUUUUGUCAUUACAAAGAGCAAUUGAGUUGGACCUGAAAGUUCCGGAGCAUUCGAGAAUUUGUGACGUCAUACAGGAAUGUGCCGACAACUUGUGCAAAAUUUUGUCUGAAGUUGACGAAUGUGAAAUGUUGAUAUCUGUUGUGAACUGCCUGCUGGUUAUAGCAUCAGCAUACAAUAACUCUUUGCUCCCUCAUUUCGAGGAGCUGAUGGACAUUCUGAUUGGCUGGCGACUUGAGCCAGCAACAUCUUCAAAAAUUGUCAGUUUUACCACAAAAGCUUUGCUUGGUUUUGGGGAUUUUUGGGUAUCGAACGCAGAGCAUACUAUUAAAAUUAUUGGUCAGUUCAUUGAUGACAUUGAGGCGUACAGAAGUGAUUUCAGCAAAUUGGACACGGAUGAAAGUUCAAAUUGCGACCUUUACAGAGAGAAAUGUGACAUCAUUGCCAAAGUUAUCGAUCUAAUCAACGUUUUUGGAGUGCUAACGAAAUCCUUGAAACAGAAUGUUUUGUCUGUUUUGUUCAAACAAGUUAUUCAAAAAUCCUUGAAGAGAAUUUUAGUUUGUGUUUGUUCUUUAUGCGCCACGAAUUAUAGCUAUUCACUUGUGAAACAAGCAAAUUCAGUUUUAACUGAAAUAAUUGGCUCAUCCCCUGCUCUGAUAAUUGGAGAAAGUUCAACUGAUCAAGGUAGCACAGACACGUUGACAGAAUCAGUGUUCAACUAUAUGUUUGAAUUAUUUUCAUUAGACCCGGGUUGUACGAUCGAUAUAAUCUCAAGUUGUAUCGAAACUUUGAGUGAAGUUGUUAAAGUCAGCUCCGGUGAAAUCUCUUUGCCUUUAUUUGAAGCUCUUCUAGUCGACAACAAAACGUUCCGAAAAUACAGAUGCUGCGAAAAUGAGCAAAUUGUCUCGUUAUGUUUGGACCUGUACGAGAAUAUAUUAGCGAUCAAAGAUGUCCCUUCAUUAGAGACGGUGUACAAAAUCAUGCUUUCUGAAAUACAGGCCUGUGCCCAUUGUUUAAUGGACAAAGCAUCACAGCAAAGAAAUGGCGAUACUGACUUGACUAAAUCAAGCUUUUCCAAUUUUCAAAUCAUCUCGGAAAUUUCGGAUCCUUAUCACUUUGUACCCGAAAUUGAUGUGCAAAAUGCGGUCGAAAUAAUUGAGUUCAAUCUAACCGCAUUAUCGCCUCUGAGCUCCCAAAAAAGUUCCCUGAUUGUAAAUUACGCUCUAAAGCCAUCCUUGUUUAACCUGUUUUGCAAAAAGUUGAGGGUCUUAUGUGUUGAAUACAGUUACGCGUACCCUGAAAUUCAGUAUUCAAUUCUAAGCUUAUUGUAUAGACAUGCAUUGGCGAGUAAUUAUUUUGUAGCUAGUUGUAGUACCGGAUCGUCGAAAAAUUCACCCGUGGCUCAAAACACGUUCAGUUUUUCCCAGCCGACAAGAAAGCAUUUUUUCCACGUAUGCGAAUUGUUGACUGCUUGUUUAACUCUUAAACAGAGUAACCCUGACUCUUUGUCUCUUAUUUUGACUUGGAUGUCGGAAAUCGUGGAAACAAUGGCACAGGAAUCGUUGUUGGAUUCAAAUCGAGCCAAGAAAAUUUUGGCCAGUGAAGUUUUCGAAAAGUUAGCUAUAGCCGCGACCGAAGGCAUAAGUGUCACAACUUCAGUGGAAGCUCACGAAUGUUUUGUGAAUUUUGUUCUUGGACUGCUCAAGUUCGAAAAUUUGUCUGAAAAAAUCAUGAACACCUUAUCAACGUUGACUUUAUCCAUGCUUCUUAGCAGUCAGCCCGAUCUUGUCGAAGUCUACUCGAAAUUACUGCUAUGCCUUCCCAUUGGCUGUUUUGGAAAUUCAAAACUAGUCUCUAAGGAUUUGAAAUCUGUGCUGUGUUAUGAGCGAAAAACUUCCAAAAAAGACUUGAUGAAGUUUGAGCCCAGCUCAAAAAUUCUACCAUACGAUUUCAAGUUCAUUUUGAGUGGGGUUUUCACGGAAAUUGACACUCGACAGCAAGUGCAUGGUAACAAUCUUGAAGUUUUUUUCCAUAGAUACGCUGAUAAAAGCUCAAUUAUAACAUUCAGAGAUGUUCCUUGGAGGGUUCAUGUUCAAUUUCUGGACGUGUGUUGGUUCUAUGCCUUGUGGGAAAUGGCCAAUUUAUGCAUUACGGGAAAACUUAAGACGGCGUUGGGAAAAGCAAGUGAGACUUUCGCUGACUUUGAAAGUGUUUUGCGGUCACAUUGUGCAAAAGUUCGGGGAAUUAGUAUGGAAAAGCAGAUCUGGCGGUCUCUUAACAUCGAUAAUCUUGAAUGUUUUGGCAAGCCGCAAAGAAUGCUGCUUUUUCUGGACUGUCUUGAAAAGCAAAUUUAUAACGCAAGCGAAGGCUUAGUCUGCAGUCUGCCCGUUGCGAAUAAAGCGGCAAGGACUUUCUUUCGAACCAAUCGAGACGUUUGUAAAAUUUGGUACAAACAAAUAAGAGUUCACGCCGCAUGCCUUGCACAAGCAGUUCACCGCCCAGCAUCGGUAAUUCAUCAUGUUACGUCAUAUUUCGCCGAACUACAAAACAACGAAAAAACACACCCUGAUCAAAUCAUGGAGCUCUGUUUGAUGCUUUAUUGGGCUUACAUUGAAUGUUCUGCUCAUGAGGAAAUUCAAGGGUUCAACAUUUAUUUCCAAAAGCGAUUUGGGAGACAAUUUCCUUACUCCGAGUUGUUUUUGCUACAAGCAAACGGGUCAUAUGAAGACGCAAUGUAUCUAUAUGCUUGUAAACUGAACGGAAAAGACCCUGAGUUUGAUUUGGCGAAUAGCAAGUCUGUCGGUCUUCUGCAAACACCACCCGACAAAACGUCGGAGUUCUCUGAAAAGUCGCCCGUUUUGAUGAGAUUUGUUUUCAAACAGAUCGCUUCAAUCGCUGAAUCUUUGAAGUGUUUCGAGGAGUUCAAUCAAUUUUGCGAAAAUUUCAGUGAAAAGAAUAAAAAUAAUGAUGAGCUCAACUUUGCAAGGCUGAGAGAAAAUGAGUUGCAGCGCGUCAAAGUUAUGCAAAGUUUUGACUCAUUGGAUUUUUUGAGCACCGAGAGAACAUUAGAAAAGAUCUUUGCUUCCAGUGACCAACAAAAGCCACAGGAAUCCAUUCUUUGCUGUGUCCCGGAAUGGAACAUGGAUAAUUUGUGUCGGGGCAUAGACUUGACUUUAACAGAACAGUUGAACAAUUUAAUGCUGAGCAAGUUAGACGAGUUCAAAUUAGGCGGCAUUUCACCGGAGAAAUCAUUCGGAUCUGAAGACCUACUGGGUGACGUAGAACGUGUACUUGCUUGGACGGCUGGCCAAUAUUCGAGUUCUGUUUCUAAAACGGCGGCAAAUAAAUUACUUUGUCACGGCAAAACCAUUGCAAUGUUACGUGAACUGAAAGAAGAAGAGCCUAAACUAGAGCUAUACAAAAAUGUAAUCCAGUUCCCGAAAAAAGGAUCGCAUGCUGAUUUAAACCAAAUAGACUCUUGUUUUCGAGGCUUGCAGAUCGAAAAGCUGAAACGAAGAUUGAUUGAAAAUGAAGGCUUUCUUUUGGAUCCACGUGGAGAUCUGUUGAUUGGAAGUAAUUUGAGACAGAACAAUUGUAGCUUAAAUCUGAUCCGUACUUUGCGCAAGUCAGGGUGUCCCAAGGUAGCUUCUCAGAUACUACUGAAUUCUGAAUGCAGCCAGUUUGUUCAAAUGGAGAAAUCAACUUUGGUUAGCAAGUUGAAAGAAAACUUCAAAUUAAACUUGAACGAUUCAUCAAUGGUGCGAAUAGAAUUGAACCAAAUUAAAGAAUCUGCCAAAUUGCAAUCGAUUUUUGGUGAGCUUUCAGGCGCUUGCUAUAAAUUGAGCUCCUUAAUUUUACUCUUUAUGAAGAACGCACAAAUUGGCGAUUCCAGUUUCAUAUCGUCAACUAUUUCGAAUCUGGUGAAGAUUCUGAGCUCAGAAAACGGGAAGAGUAUAAACCUCGAGGCAUCGAGCGAAAAUUUCAGUCCUCUUGGAAAACUUUGCUCAGAUUUGGGAGAAUUGAUAGGUACAACUGCUCAUUUUCAGCCGUUGGCGGAAGCUAUCACAGGGAACACGUCCAUUGACAAACGGGAAGCGACCAUUGCUGCUUUACAUUACCUGUCCAUAGGAUUUGAACCAGAGUGUAGCAAAACGUGGUACAGGUUGGCAUCAUGGAGUUUUAAGUUCGGUAAGAAAGCUGUGACUCAAGCCUGCAGUCAAACUCAACUAUUGACGCCUCAAGAGUUGAUUGAAGUGAACGCGUUCUUGGAGUUAUGCAUGACUGAUGCAACGAAACGAAGCAAAGUUGUUGAAAUAUUGCAGAAGCCGCAUUUCAAUGCACUGCAAGAUGAAGAUAUAGUUGUGAAUGAGGCGGGAGCGCUUUGUUCAGAUGGUAGACAAGCAGUGAGACGACAAGUUCUAGCAGUUGCAGAAGAAUUGGAAAAUGUCCCUGCGUUUGACCAUAUUAUGAAAGUCUGGCAGAAUGCGUGUGAUCGUAUUUUUGGUAUGUACAAGCUUGCAACUAACAGUUAUUUCAAAUACUUGACGUUGGAUUCUAAUUUGAGCGAUGAUUCUCAUGUAACAGCGACGCUACGUUUGUUGAGGGUUCUUGUAAAUCAUGCAUGGGAACUCCAAGGUUGCCUGGAGUCCGGACUGACGUCAACUCCUACUAAACCAUGGCGUGUGAUAAUCCCGCAGCUUUUCUCAAGGCUAAACCAUCCGGAAACGUACGUUAGGAAAAGUGUAACGGACCUCCUGAAGCGAAUAGCCUCCGAAACUCCGCAUCUAAUUGUGUACCCAGUAAUAGUUGGCUGCGAGCAAAAAAUAUCGGAGGGCAAAAUACGAUCCAAAUCUGGGCGUCUAAUUACCGAUGGCACCAAAUUACAAGAGUCACAAGAAGAGCCAGAAAGGAAAAAUUCAGUGGCAGAUACGGACUCAGAGUUCGGAGGAGCUGAGGGACGCAUUGACAAAGAGUCCAGCGCUGGAUCACAGUCACUGAUGACGUCGGAAACGAACGACGGUAACGAUAUGGAGAUCCUGCAUGUUGAAGACGUUGAAAACGAGCUAUCAGAUAUGCGUCUGAUCGAUGGAUCACAAGAUGCAAUCCAGGAUAAGGAUGAUGCUGAAGAUGAAGACGAGGAAGUUGACCUGAAUGACCUUUACUCCAGCCGAGCUGAGAUUGAGCAUUGCUAUAGCGUUUUGCUGGAAACUGUCAGCCAAUGUGAUUUACAGUUAGUUUCAGACUUGAAGUUAUUCGUCGAUGAGCUCAGAAGAGUUAGUUUGUUGUGGGAUGAACUUUGGAUGUCCGCGUUCAUGUACUACUCAAACGAAGCCAUGAAAGCAAUUAAUGCGAUUGAGUACGAACGAAAACGAUUGGAUAAGAUCAAGUCGCUUAAUAAUGCGGAGAAGCAAACAAUUUUGACGGCCAAAUACUCGGCUUUUAUGAACCCGGUGAUUUUUGUCUUCGAACAGAUAUUAGAACUAACGGACAAAACUCCGGAAACUAACCAUGAAAACUGGUUUGUUUCAACAUUCCUAGAGAGAAUAAAAGAAGCCUUGGAUAUGUUGAAGAAGCCUGAAAAUAUUCGAAAGCCAGCACUCGCUUGGGAACCCUUUAAUUUACUGUACCAAGAGCUAUCGACAAGAACAUCCAAAAAGUCAUCUUUGAAUCUACAACUUCGUUCAAUUGCUCCCAAACUGUUUAUGCUGAAAAAUACAAGCGUGCCUUUAAUCCUAAGCGAAACGUCUGAUUUAAUAACAGUGCAAUCAUUCAAAGACGAAAUAGUGAUUAUGCCCACAAAGACGAAACCGAAGAAAAUUUCCAUUUUAGGAAAUAACGGUGUCAAUUAUUCCUACCUGUUCAAGGGACUGGAAGAUUUACACUUAGACGAAAGAAUAAUGCAGUUCUUGACAAUUGUCAACACAAUGUUUGAUAAAGACAAUCGAACUGCAAACAAUUGUUUCUACAGAGCCAGGAACUAUGCCGUUACUCCGCUAGGACCAAGAUCAGGUCUUAUUCAGUGGGUCGAUGGAGCUGUGCCUUUGUUCGGACUCUAUAAAAAGUGGCAACAGCGUGAAGCGUAUGCGGCGGCGUUGAAAAAACAAGCUUUAGCGUCUGCCGCUGCUACUGCAACGUCAUCUGCAUCCGCGCAAGGAACAACGGCUGCACCCAAAGCACCUCCACAAGACUCUAGUAGCAAUGUAGUCCAAGUACCUCCAGUUCCGAAACCAAGCGAAAUGUUCCAAGAAAAAAUAUCCAAAUGUCUGGUAGCAAGUGGUCUUUCGGAUAGUUUACCAAGAAGAGACUGGCCUCUGAAAGUAGUAAGGCAAGUGCUAGAUGAGUUGGAACGUGAGACGCCUAACUAUCUGCUGUGGCGAGAAAUGUGGUGUAGCUGCUCCAACUCAGAUGAAUGGUGGCUAAUGACGCAGCAGUACAACAGCUGCAACGCGCUCAUGAGUAUAGUUGGUUACGUAAUCGGCCUCGGCGAUCGUCAUUUGGACAAUAUUUUGGUGGAUUUGAACUCGGGAGAACUUGUCCACAUCGACUACAACGUCUGCUUUGAAAAGGGAAAGAAUCUUCGUGUGCCGGAAAAAGUUGCAUUUAGACUGACGCAGAAUCUAGUGGCAGCCUUAGGUGUCACGGGCUAUGAGGGCAAGUUUCGAAUUGUGGCUGAAAAUGUGAUGAAAACACUGAAAAAAGGAAGAGAAACAUUAUUGACAUUGUUAGAAGCAUUUGUUUAUGACCCUUUAGUUGAUUGGACAACUCAUUCUUCGGAUCUGGGAGGCUUCAUGGGAGCAUUGCAAUUCAAAAAGAACAAUGAAAAUCUAAAAAGGGACAAAAGGAAUCUGGAUUUUGGCGUGUCCUUCAGCUUGCUUAGCGCAAAAAUUGUCGAAAUUAAGUCUUCAUGGCUGAAAAAUUGCGAUGAUAUCAUAAAUGUUUUAAAACUGAUCCCAAAUCAUUUCCAAAAUUUACAAUUAAGCCUAAAUGCUCAUUUGGAGAAGGAAAAGCAGCGAAGUGUUGUUCAAAAAGCACAGUUGUAUCUGAAAGAAGCCGCAGGCGACAUGGAGCACUUUUUUUGGAGUUUAGAAAAACGAGAUUCGAAUGCGGCGUUCUAUCAAAGCAUAGAAGACGAAUUCAAUGUCAAACUAGACACGCAUUUAACAUUGUGUGUAGCUACGUUGCAAAAAUUUAUGGAAGCUUACUCGAAUGGUCACAGACUGUUUUUGAUGAACAUUUUGGCUGAUUUUGAGGAGACUCCGGCAAAUGCGGUGCCACCUGCAGGGUAUUUAGAAAGUAGGACAUAUCUGGCUAGCGUGCAUCAGCUGCAGCUGCUUGAGGAUUGCGAAUCAACAGACACAGAAUGUAUGAAAGUGUUCAUAUCUCAAAACUCCGCUUGUCUCCAGCUUGCUAAGUUAUUAACCGAAUACCUUUCAGUCAUCCAGCAAGUAGAAGCGCCAAACAAUUUGCUUCAAAAUUUGAUAAAAACUUUGCAAAAGAUGAGAACAGAAAUGACGACCCUUAGCGAAAAUGAAGAUGAAAAUGCGACACAGAAUCGAGUUUCGUGUACAGAACAACUUAAAGCUGUAAUUGAGCAACCUGUUAGUUUAGCGUAUUUUGCAGUCGACGUUGACAACAAUUUGAUAAGUGAAUUGAGAACCCUGAAUGAUUCGGUGGUUCGUCUAAGCAGCAAACUGCUGCCCUUGUCUCAAAACGUGGACCUUGACGAGUCUAAAAGUGCGCUAAGCAAGCGUCUUAUGGUGUUUAUUUCGACCAAACCUAAAGAGUACUCGAACGCUACAGCUUCUGUUGUUUUACACUAUCUUGCUACUUUUGCUAGUCAGUACAUGCAUAUGGAAGUCGCGGCUUUUGAAGCAACAGAUGAAGCUUUGAAGAAUUCCAAAUCUGUAGGAGGGGAUUGGUUCUUGGACGAAAUUGAAUCGCUUGCUGGAACCCUCAAAACUCUAUCAACGUUUGUCCAGUACUACAUAAACUUAGGCGCGGAAUUUGAGAAGCUAUCAUCGCAGCAUGUCAAUCCAUUGAUUGCAUCGCUGUCCAUUUACACAUCUUUACUUGAAUUUUAUCAGUCUGUGGCUGCGGAAACUAUGCCAGAAGUUUUCGCCCUGCUUCUUGCGGCGGAGUAUACGUCCGAAAUGUUUGAUGAUUUGGAUUCAAAAUUGAGCAACAUCGAGAAAGAAUCUGAAAGCUUGAUAGCAGAAAUAGAGGCUGUAGGGUUUGAAGAUGCAGUCAAACGUGCAGAGAUCUCGAGUAAACUUGAACUUCUUGUGGAAGCGGUGACGUCGUUGCCUAAUACUCUAGAAACUGUGUUGUCCCUGGUGUUUCAAGCGUUCAACAGGUUGUCGAACCAACUGGAAACCUUGAUGCAUUUGUGUUCGCAAAGUGAAGCGCCACCAGAAAUGCUCAGCAUGUUGCCACAUUUCAAAGUCCUCAAAGUGUCCGAACAAGUCCAAAAAGUAUUGACUGUAGACAUUAAGUCUUCGCUUAAUGCAAAAACUUGGCUCAAGUGCUGCUCCAUUAAAGCGCUAUCAGGGUUCGUAAGAUCGAUACUAACAACUGUGAAUGUUGUUAAAAAUUUGAAAUUGAGUGGUAGCACUAAAGAACGUCCUCAAACUAUAGCUCAUGACGUUUUGCAUUGCUUGGACCCAGUAGCUUUGUUCGUGUCUUCGUUUGUUCGAAAGCAAGUUAUAGGGUUACCUUCAGCGUGCAUUGCCCAUUUUAUACUGCACUGUGCUACAGCUCUUGGUGUAGGUUCGGCUGUUGAUUUUUGCGACUAUUCUUCAGAUCGAGACGGUGUGGAGGAUGUUAAACUGGAGCUCAUAGAUCAAAAAGUGAGAUCUUCUCUUAAAAAUAGACUAGAAAUACCUGAGAAUUGUUUCACUCAGGUAUUUGCGCUUUUUGCCGACCUUGAAGCUUGUUGCAGACAGGGCACUCAAGUUGUGAGUAUCGAGAACCAACUAGUGUUGUAUCGCAGACAGUUCCAGCUUCUGAGAACUAUUACCACCAAGUUCGAAUGGUCAUACUACCACAUGCUGGUCCUAGGAGGAAAGCCCGUGAUUGAUUUAAUGAGUAACAGCAGGUUUUCGGCGCUAGAGAAUAUCAAAACAAAAGUGAUCGAGUUGACUAACCUAAAUGCUCAAAUGGUUACUAAUCUUCAGACACUAAAAACGAAGGAAGAUAAAAUUGAAGCAAGGUUGAAAUGGUCGGCAGGGCUAUACAAAGAUUCACUCGCCAAAUUUUCCUCUUUGAAAUCUGCUCGCGAAGUUUUUCUGCAAGGUAGAGUAACAAAAGUUGAAGAGCUCCUGUUGUCCUCGAAGUUAUUGCUGCAGUUCGAAGAGUUGCAAACUUGGGCGCCUCAAAGCGUGCAACUGUUCACAUCGGGUUGCCAAGAAUUGAUUGAGCUGGGUGAGAAAUUGAACGCCUAUAGAGGUCGAAAAGUGGACAUCUCGCCUGUUGAAAAAUUCAUAGUUAGUAAGUUGAACAUCUCGGCAAUGAAAGUGAAAUCGAACGAAGAAACAAGAGCGAGUUUAUUGAAUAAUCUUCAAAGCGAUGACAAACAAGCGAAGCUUCUCGUCGAUUCAACAUGGCAAGCGUUGUUAAAAACCAGAGAUGAUUUGAAAGUAUCUGUUCAGCCAUUGAAACUGGCACUGAGUACUCACAAUGCAACUAUGAAAGAUUUGAAACUUUUAAUGAGGCCCUUAAACAAAGACGAUUUAGCUACAAAUGAAUCGCUGAAAGCAAUUUUCAACCAAGUUAGACAAUAUGUGAUCACGCAUAAUCAGUUUACAGAUAACGUCAGCCAAUUUUAUUCAACAGUUAAUCCAGUAUUGGCAAAUAUAGCCAUGUUAAAACGAGAUCAACACCCUUUGGAGAAACUCACCGAAAUUGUUCGAACUCUAACUGAAAUUACGCCAGCCAUUUAUGCAGAUUUACUUUCACUCAAUCAACCUUUGACCAAACUGAAGCAUAACGACAAUCUGAAAGAGGUAAGUUCAGGUCUGAAAAAUGUGAAAGGACUUCAAGCUUUGCAUGAGUUUGGAAUCAGUAAGGAAAGUAAACUGUUUUCCUCGUCGACUUCUAGUGCAAGGUUGUUGAGUCCAGCGAGACGCAACCCUGGAUCUGUACCGAAAGCAACUACAAGUGGAACUGGCGGUUUGGAAAUUAUCAAACGGGAUCCGAGAACUGGAAAGGCUUUGCAGGAGCGUAAUACGUAUGCCAUAUCAGUAUGGAGAAAAGUGAGGUCGAAAUUAGACGGCGUUGUUGAGAGUUCAGAGGGGGCGACAUCAGCAGUUCCGAUUGGAGUUACCAAACGAAUGAACGUGAAUGAGCAAGUGGAUUUUAUUAUAAAGGAAGCGGUAGACCCAAAUAACUUGGCCCAAAUGUACGAAGGGUGGACGGCUUGGGUUUGAAGGGUUUUUCGAAGCUGAAUUGACCGAGCGAAUAUUGUAUGAGGUUUGACUGAAGAAACGGCGAAGAAUUAGGAAACAACGGCUGUCAUGCUGCAUGACAGACGAGAGCUAUGUUGAAGAUCCAGAAAGAUCAUCGUAGUUGAUGAAACUAAGAAAUAAUAAUUUAAUAAGUAAACUGAAACUGCCGAUUUUUGAACGAAAUCUCAGAAUUGAGCCAAUUCACAUACGACAAUUA